AGUGGCUGAACCCCAACCCGCGUUCAGCCCUACGUCAUCGCAACCCCAACACCACCUUGCCUUUGCCUGCACCUCACUCUCUCACCGCACAACCCCCACCACCAACAACGCCCCGUCAAGUCAACCUACACACUUACACCCACACCACCGCCCACAAUGACAGAAGACUACUACCACACCCUCUCCAUCCCCCCCACCGCCACCCCCCAGCAAAUCCGCGACGCCUACAAGAAAGCCGCGCUGAAACACCACCCGGACCGGGUACCCGCGGACUCGCCCGAGCGCGCCGCGCGCACGAAGAGGUUCCAGGCCGUGAAUGACGCGUAUUAUACGCUGUCGGAUGCGGGGCGGAGGAGGGAGUAUGAUGCCGCGCGGGCGUUUAAUGGGGGAGGAGGAGGGUGGGGCGGCGCGGGCGCGUGGGAGGACGAGGAGGAGGUGCCGCGGCCGGGCGCAAGCAACACCGGCAGCGGCGGCGGGUUUGGAUCCUUCCCGUGGUCCGCGUUCGGCUUCGGCGGCUCGCAACCCUCCUCCUCCACCGCAGACGACCCGCACGCCCACGCCCCCGCCUCCGAGCAAUUCGGCUCCGUCUUCGAAGAAAUGCUGCGCGACGAAGGCAUGGCCGACGGCUCCGCGCCAACCGGCAAGUUCUGGAGCGUGAUCGGCGGCCUCAGCGGCGGCGCGAUGGGCUUCAUCGUCGCGAACUUUGGGGGCAUGGUUGCGGGGGCGGUGGCGGGGAAUCGGUUGGGGAGUGUCAGGGAUGCCAAGGGGAUGAGUGUGUAUGCGGUGUUUCAGGAGAUGCCGCAGGCGGAUAAGGCGAGGUUGUUGAGUAGUCUUGCGGCGAAGGUGUUGAGUGGGGCUGUGAGUGGGUAGGGGAUGGGUUGAGGGGGGCUGAUGGGGUGUGGAGGGGUUGAGAGCUGAGGGGUUGAGGACUGGGGGGCUGGAGUUUGGCGUUUGAGGGAAAGAUAAGCGGGUGUGGGUUUGAGUGAGUGAUUUCAGCGCCAGAACGCCGGGGAUAUCUUA